AUGGGUUCCUCCAGCAGUAAGAACCUAAAACCAUCAAAGAAAAUGAACAUACUUGAAGACCAAUCCGAGGACUUCAAGAAGCUUUACACCAUCGAAGAGAAAGAGAAACUCGGUGUCGGUGGUGAAGCUAAAUUCAGUAUAACCCGAAAAUGCGUGGAGAAAUCUACAGGCAAGAUUUACGCUUGCAAAUCGAUACUCAAGGCGAAGCUAAAGAGCGAAGAAGAUGAAAACUCUGUGAAGAGACAGAUUCGGAUUAUGGAGAGUUUAUCUGGACAACCCAACAUCGUCGAGUUCAAGAAUGCUUACGAGGACGACGAAGCCGUACACUUGGUGAUGGAGUUUUGUGGCGGAGAGUUAUUCGACAAGAUCAAAGCUUUGGUCGAAACUCGGAAGUUUUACUCUGAGAAAGAUGCUGUCGGAAUCAUCAAGCCGAUUGUGAAUGCUGUGCAGAUUUGUCAUUCCAAGGGUGUGAUGCAUCGUAAUCUCAAGCCUGAGAAUUUCUUGCUCUCUAGUAACGAUACGCUCAAAGCAAUCGAUUUUGGGUCUGCCGUGUUCAUCAAAGAAGGAGAUGUAUGCCUGGAGAGAGUCGGGAGUGGUUGUUACGUAGCUCCUGAAGUAUUACAAGGGAAUUAUGGGAAAGAAGCUGACGUUUGGAGUGUAGGGAUUAUUUUGUACAUCCUACUCUGCGGCAAACCUCCCUUUGAGACCAAGACUGAGGAACAGAUGGUCAAUGAGAUUCAGAAUAAGGAAAUUGAUUUUGAAAGCGAACCAUGGCCUUCUAUAAGUUUACGGGCGAGAGAUCUUGUCAAGAAAAUGCUUAACAGAAAUCCAAAGAUGCGAAUCUCUGCUGAACAAGUUCUUGAAAAUGCUUGGAUCAAAGACGGAGAAGCUUCGGAUAACCCUAUUGAUGGAGUUGUUUUAACCCGUUUGAAGCAAUUUGGAGCUAUUAACAAGAUCAAGAAGGUAGCUCUAAAGGUUAUGGCAAAGAAUCUAUCAGAAGAGGAAAUCAACAGUCUUAAAACAAUGUUCACUGACAUGGAUACCGACGAAAGUGGCACAAUUAGUCAUGAAGAACUCAAAACCGGGCUACAAAGACUUGGCUCUAAACUCUCUGAAACCGAAGUGAAUCAACUCAUGGAAGCCGCUGAUGUGGAUGGUAAUGGAACAAUAGACAUAGACGAGUUUAUCUCUGCGAUGAUGCAUAGACCCAAAUUGGAUCAAGAGGAGCAUGUUAAAGAAGCAUUCCAAUACAUUGAUACAGACAAGAACGGGCACAUAACGAGGGAGGAGUUGGAGAUAGCAAUGAAGGAGCAUGGUGUGGGAGAUGAAGAUAGCAUCAACCAAAUUCUAUCAGAAGUCGAUACCGAUAAUGAUGGAAUGAUAAAUUAUGAGGAAUUUCGCACAAUGAUGAAUAGUGGCCGCAUAAAGCCACUCGAGGAAAUUCUUCCGGUCAAUUGA